AUGGACCCUCUCUCUAUCACCGCUACCGUCUUAGCCUUACUGGAAACAUCAAUCAAUAUGACUAGUCGUCUCAGGGCUGCCUACUCACGCCAGCAGGCCCAACCAAGCUUGCUAGCACGGGGCCUUGCCGAUUUACAAGGUACCGAGAAUGUCAUAAAGGUUAUCCACAGCCAGCGAUGCCUUGAGACAGCGGCCGUGACAUCCGACUUGGUAGAAAUGAAAAGUCUGUCACAGGAGCUCCUCACGCUUCUUGAGCGACUAGAUUCAGGGAAGAAGUCUACUUCCCGCCAGCUCGCCUAUCAACUUAUCGGCGGAUCAAAAGACGAGGGACAUUUCGAGAACAUUGUGAAAAGGAUGAACGCUGCAAAGACAAAUAUCAUCUUGCAUGUUGAGGUUGCUAGUGUUGGACUUGCUCGUGAUUCUCAGAGCAAUCUUGUCGUCAACGCAGCCGAAAUCAGACAACUUGAUCGGACCGUCAGGGAGCUACUUGGUGAUGGACGGGGAUUGAGGAUUGCGAGUCUAUUAAAAGAUCGGCCCCUGCAUGAAGACGGAACAGUUAUUCUAGACCGAGAUGAUUUGAAUCGGAUUGGCGUAUCUGUUCCCAAUGGAGGUAAUACUCGAAUAAUUACUGGUAACUUGACACGACUACAAGCGCUGCAGAUCAAUGGACCAGUCGGCGAAGAUGAGUGGAAGACCAUCAGUCACCUUGAUGUCAGAGACAAUGAGGCUGGUCUAGCCAGCUCACAGGUCAAUUUUUCUGUUUCUGAUACCGCUUUUACCUCUCUCAUGUUUGACCAUACCAUCAAAUACGUCUUGCUAUUUGUUUUGCUAUUUGUUUUGAUAUAUGCUGCUUUACAUUAG